CUGGAGGGGAAGGACGGACGAGAGGCGGGGCGGGGGGCCAGCGGCCGCUUUCCCCUGCACGUCCUGGUCUGGAACAAUGACUACAGGCGGCUGGACGAGGAGCUGCGAGACCAGGAUGUUGAUCAACGUGAUCCGCGAGGCCGGACCUUGUUGCACCUUGCUGUUUCCUUGGGUUAUAUAGAAUCUGCCAAAGUGCUUCUUCAACACAAGGCAGAUGUAACCAAAGAAAACGCGCAGGGAUGGACAGUUUUGCAUGAGGCUGUCAGUACAGGAGAUCCAGAGAUGGUGCACAUGAUUUUGCAGCAUCGGGACUACCAGCAAACAUCUAUGACACUUGGAGGAGUCCCUGAGUUACUCCAAAAGAUUAACGAGACUCCUGACUUUUAUGUGGAAAUGAAAUGGGAAUUUACUAGCUGGGUCCCACUUGUGUCUAGAGUGUGUCCAAGUGAUGUGUGCCGCAUCUGGAAGAGUGGUGCCAAGCUGCGGGUGGAUAUCACCUUACUGGGCUUUGAAAAUAUGAGCUGGGAGAGAGGAAGACGCAGUUUAAUUUUCAAGGGAGAAGAUACCGGUGGCUGGGCGGAGCUAAUCGAGAUCAAUCAUGAUGACAAAUUUGUUACAACGGAACGUUUUGAGAUUUCCCAACACAUGAAGCGUCUGACCUUGGGAUCUAUGACACCAAAAAGAAAAGAUGUAGAAAGACGCCUUACGUCUCCAAUUAUUAAUACGUGCCUUGAUACAAAAAAUAUUGCUUUUGAAAGAACCACGUCUGGAUUCUGGGUAUGGAGGACAGAGAAGGCAGAAGGUGUGAAUGGUUAUGAAGCAAAGGUGUACACUGCAAACAACGUGAAUGUAGUUACCAGAAUCCGAACAGAGCAUUUAACGGAAGAGGAAAAGAAAAGAUAUAAGGCUGACAGGAAUCCCCUAGAAUCCUUUCUGGGUACAGUGGAGCAUGAGUAUGGUGCUCAGGAUCUAACAACAGAGUAUGCAACAAUUAACAAUCCUACUGCUAUUACUCUGGAGGAGUAUUUUGACCCAGAAUUUGACUUGAAAGAGAGAGACAUAGGAAGACCGAAAGAAGUCACCAUUAGAACACAGAAAUUUAAAGCAACCUUGUGGAUGAGUGAAGAGUUUCCCCUGUCUCUCAUGGAACAAGUUACUCCAAUCAUUGAUCUGAUGGCCAGAACUAGUGCUCAUUUUGCCAGACUUAAGGAUUUCAUCACUUUGGAGUUUCCCCCGGGAUUUCCUGUCAAAAUUGAAAUCCCCUUAUUUCACGUGCUGAAUGCCCGAAUUACGUUUGAAAAUGUUAAUAGCUGCAGGACAGCUGACAAACCAGCAUCACAGAUCAGUGGAGGUGCCCAGUGCGAGUCAUCAGGUGCUACUUUUGAGGUUGACCAGUCAGUGUUUGAGAUCCCUAAAUCCUACCAUGUCCAAGAUGAUGGUAGGAACAUACAUGUGCAGGAUGAAGAUAAUGAGAUUAUGCAAUUUGCGAUUCAGCAGAGUUUGUUGGAAUCCAGUGGAAGUAAAGAGAUGGGAUUGCACUCCAACGGAGCCAUUGCCUAUUCACAGGACUUCAAUUUACAGUAUCAGAGGGCGCUGCAGGAGAGCUUCCUGGCGAGCUCGGCUGACUCGCGCUGCAGCUCGCCCGGGGAGCCCUCGCGCUUCGAGCAGGACCUGCAGCUGGCCAUGGAGCUCUCCGUGCGCGAGCAGGAGGAGCGGGAGCGCCAGCGGCGCGAGGAGGAGGACGCCGAGCUGCAGCAAGCCCUGCGGCUCUCCCUGCUGGAAAAAUAGCUCCGGAGAGGUCUCCUGGAAUGAGGAGGACCAAAGCUGUGUGACACGGAAAGCUUUUGUAGCCGUCAGCCUGAGGACUGCUCCGGGAUUACUGAAGUAAACAUUUCGCCUGCCUUCUUAAUUGUCAUCGUUAGCAUGAAACGAGGGUCAGAGCCUCUGCUGUGGCUUUCCACCUUGCUUUGUGGGCUGGAGCGUGAUCUGCAAAGAAGAGACUCCGGGAAUGUGAGGGGAGUUUCGGAACGCGGGGACCUGCAUCUGGCUUGCCAGGCACGCUUAGCUUUGAGAGCAGGGUUUGGCAUAAAGGCAUUUAUGGGAGAGCAGAUGGAAUUGUGCUUAGCAGCAGGAUGUAGGAUUGCCGUCAAGUUUGAGAACAUCAUCUGAGGGUAGUCUGGGGGGAAGCUUCUUCAUUACUUACCAAAGAAAUAGUCACCUGCUUAGUCAUUUCUGAAUAACUCCAAGCCAUUGACUGUGCUCUCGCGGCUCUUACCCGGAGGGAUAGCUGCCUACCUAGAUAUGUACACACACAUACAUACAUUCAUACAGUAGCCUUCAUGCUGACAGUGUAUCGUGCUGACAGAUUUUUCUUUAGGUUCAUUUAUACACAACUAAGGAUAUUUCCUCUCUACUUACCAAGAUUUUAUCACAUGCUUAUGCUUAAGAGGGAUAAUUUUAUACUUGAACAGCUAAUCCAAGCUCAAGAUUAAACUAGUGCUUUCUGAAAAAGGACAAAACAAGCCAGUAACGUCUUAGAUCCUGAAACGGGACCAUCUGUCUAUUAAAGUAGCAGUUUCUGUAGUGAUUCAAAACCAGCUAGUUCACAUAGUCGAGGGCAGCAAGAAAAUAACCGGUGGGUACAGGUGCUUCUUGAGCUGAUGCUGUGUGUGCGU